CUAAUGAACUUGCGUUCAUUGCGGCAUAAUCUCUUUCUCCUUGAAUCAAUCGAUUUGGCUGCCCUGCAAUGCGUUCGCGAUGUUCGUCCGCCCAUGCAGUUGAAGAGCUAUGGACGCUUGCUCAAGCACACAGGUUUUCCACCAGGCCACGCGUUGUAUUUUCGAAGCACUUAAGGAACCGAACUCGACUUAAUUUCUCAUCCACAGCUAGCAAUGACACAAGAAAUGUCGCAGUAAUCGGUGGCGGCAUUACCGGCCUUGCAACUGCUUAUCAUCUUGCAAAAGACCAAUCGACUAAAGUCACGAUCUGGGAGCGCUCAGAUCGUCUAGGCGGAUGGCUGGAUUCUGAGAGGAUCAACGUCAAUAUUGGUGGAGAUGUGCUUUUCGACUAUGGACCUCGCACCCUCCGUGCGACGGCGAGUGCGUUUUCCACUCUCGAACUGAUAAACGAGUUCGGUCUCGAAAAGCAGAUCCUUCGUACGGGCAUUCAUGACGCUGCUUCGCGCAACCGCUACAUUUAUUACCCAGACCACCUUGUCCGCCUACCAGGACCGCAACCCGGGGCCGGCCUGCUCGUAAACCUCAUCUCCAAUGCUAUAGGCGUAUUUACGGAACCGGCGUUGAAGAGCUUACCAUGGGCGCUGGCGACCGAGCCCUUGAGACCCUCUCGUCCCAAAGAUCUUGAUGACGAAUCCGUGGGAGAUUUCGUAGCUAGGAGAUUGGGGAAAGACGUUGCUGAUAAUAUAGUUUCCGCUGUCUUUCAUGGUAUCUAUGCUGGUGAUAUAUAUAAGCUCAGUGUCAAGACAAUAUUACCCCGUAUUUGGGAGUAUGAAAUAUCGAGGCGUGGCAUCUUUGGGUCGUUGCUCAACACUAAGAGGACGCUACAUCUCCCGUACGAUCUUUACCACGAGGGAAAAAUAAUCAGGGAAGAGAAAGGAAAAGAAUUUCUUAGUAAAAUCGGCUCCUACAUCUCUGGUGCUAGUGUCUUUGCCUUGAAAGGGGGGAUGGGACAGCUGGUCGAAGCCUUGGAUACGUCGCUUUCCAACUCUCCAAACGUUGAGAUAAUUACGGGUUCAAGUGUCGAUCACAUAGAGCGGCGUGAUACUCAAUGGCGGAUUGGAGCGAAGGACUACAAUUGUGUCGUCUCGACUACUUCGUCUGCUGAGCUCCGCCGACAAAUAGCUCCCAUUCUGACAAAUACUGGAGCCCUCGUGGCGCUUGAAAGUCAUAAUUACGCCGUUAACGUAAUGGUUGUCAAUUUCUUCUUCAGGUCUCCAAACCUGGUGCCCGUCCACGGUUUCGGUUACCUGAUUCCUCGUUCUAUACCCCUGGAACAAAACCCUGAACGUGCCUUGGGUGUUGUGUUUAUGUCCGAUUCCAACGUCGGUCAAGACACAGCACGGGGUACUAAGCUCACCGUUAUGAUAGGAGGCCACUGGUGGGACGGGUGGAGAGACGGGGAUUUUCCCGAUGAGCGGUCGGGAAUUCAAAUGGCCAAAGCAGUGCUGAAGCGUCAUCUACAUAUUAAUGAGGAGCCGAUUGUUGCCAAGGCGAAACUGCUGAAAAAUGCAAUUCCGCAGUAUACGGUUGGACAUACUGCUCGGAUGAAGGACCUGCAUUUUUCACUUUCACACGUGGCCCCGGGGAUAAGGCUGGCUGGAGCAUGGUACACUGGGGUUGGAGUUAACGAUUGCACACGAGCUGCAAGGUUGACAGCCCACUCAAUCCUUUCAGGUAAACGUGAAGAGACGGGGUUAGAAAAAUAUCUUGAUGAAAAUGUAGCAGGUUACGAAUUGCCUCUUGGGAGCUCGGGCUAA